AUAAAAACCUCCCAUAAAGCAAACAUGGAUGAAGUGACUCCACUGCUGCAAAGACAAUCAACAUCAUCGGAAUCCAAGAUUAAAAACUCUGGACUGUACCUGGCCGCAUUUGUAGCGGUCCUGGGGAACUUCAACUCUGGUUACUCCCUUGUCUACCCGUCUCCCGUGCUGCCAAAUUUCCAGAGUCCCGACGCUGACCCUCGGCUCAGGAUGAACACCGAGCAGGCCGCCUGGUUCGGAUCUAUCUACUCCCUAGGUGCUGCAGCCGGGGGGCUAGGGGCCAUACUGCUCAACGACAUGAUUGGACGAAAGCUGAGUAUAAUGAUGUCGGCGUUGCCCUCAACUAUCGGGUACAUGCUGAUGGGAGGAGCUAUAAACUUGUCCAUGCUCCAGGUGGGCCGUUUCCUAACUGGCGUUGCCGCGGGGAUGACUGCAGCAUCCAUUCCUGUUUACAUCUCAGAGAUCUCCCACCAAAAGGUGAGAGGAGCUCUUGGCUCCUGCCCUCAGAUCACAGCUGUAAUUGGGGCCCUGGCGCUCUACGUUCUUGGUCUGGUGGUGCCAUGGAGGUGGCUGGCUGUGGCAGGCGAGGUGCCAGCUGUGUUGAUGGUUGUGCUGCUGGCGUUCAUGCCCUCCUCCCCCAGAAGGCUCCUCUCAAUGGGAAGGCAGCAGCAUGCUGAGAGGGUGCUCCGCUGGCUCAGGGGAAAUCAGUAUGACGUCCAGACUGAGCUCCUUGCCAUACAGCACAGCAUCGACACACAGCCCAAAAUCACAUGGUCUCAGCUGGGAACACCAACCUACUACAAGCCAAUCCUGAUCUCAGUGGGGAUGCGUUUCCUGCAGCAGAUGACAGGCAUCACACCAAUCCUGGUUUACCUGGAGCCCAUCUUUAAAAAGAGCAAUGUCUCCUUGCCACCCAGGUAUGAUGCUGCCAUCGUGGGUUUGGUGCGCCUCUGCUCUAUUGCCGUGGCAGCGUUUCUGAUGGACAAAGCAGGACGCAAGGCUCUGCUGUACACAUCGAGCAUGCUGAUGUUUUUGUCCUCUCUGACUCUCACCAUGGUUUCUCACACCACACCUUGCCCUCCUGGCCCUGCUCCUCCAAACCACACCGCUCUGGACUACACCUCCCAUAAUGACUUUGGAAGCACUUUUAUGAGCAAUGCCCAAACUGCAGGGAGCAUCUUGCCGAUCAUUUGUACCAUGGUGUUUAUAUUUGGAUACGCCAUGGGAUGGGGCCCAAUCACAUGGCUGCUAAUGUCAGAGGUGCUUCCACUGGCUGCCAGGGGUAAAGCUUCUGGUGUGUGUGUCACCGUCAGCUGGCUGACGGCCUUCGGGCUCACGCACGGCUUCACACACUUAGUGGACACGUACGGCCUGUAUGUGCCCUACCUGCUUUUCACGGUGGUGUGUGUCGUCUCUCUGCUCUUCAAUGCUGUGUGCAUCCCAGAGACUCGCAAGCGCUCACUGGAGGAAAUAGAGAACUACUUCAGGACGGGACGCACAUUCACCAUCAACCGGUCGAGCUGAGGCCUGCGUCAGUCUCAUUCACAUGAUGUACUUAUAAAGCAGGCAUGGGGGUCUUAGAAAAAUGAUCUGAUAGCUUGAGAGGUUCCAAUCAAUCAAACUUAACCAUCAUUAAAGACUGAUUUCAA